AUGGUGAACCUGGAAGACAUGCCCCAUUUGCUAACUACUUAUAACAAGUCUGCUCUUGUUUCAGACCAGAAGGAACUGGUGCCCACUAGGCUUCCCCCUAUUAUCCCAGAAGAUGGGAAUUGUUCCGUGCAUCAGAAUAGCCACACAAGGUACCACGAAGCUGUAAAGAAGGUGUUGUUAAAGACAUUCCCCAAUCAGGUCUUCAGAGUCCCCUUGACUGAUGCUCAGAACUUCAGCUUCUGGCGGUCCCAUGAUGCAGGUGUGUGCCCAGAGGAAACCAUGCCAUGGAUCCGAAGCCCCCGCCACUGCCUCAUCAAAAGCCCAAUGACCAGGUUCAUGGAUCACGCUGUUCUUAGUGACAGAAACUUCAGUCUAUAUUGAGCAGGAUGUGUUUACAGAAGGGCAAGAUGAACUGUGGAAGCAGGGCAAAGAAAGAGAAUGUGGGAGAAGGUGUCCUGGUUCCACUGACUGACUAAUGGGAGGAGGGGAUCACAAAAACAGAGUAAACAAAUUGGACCAGAAGUCACUUGUGUGCACACUCGUGUGCAGAGGGAAGUCAUUCUCAUGCCCAAAUUCCUGU